AUGGAUUCAUCCGAACCUUCGUCGUCAAUGACAACAGUUAUCAGUCUUGAUGAGAAUGAGGUGACACCAGCACAACGUUCACGAAGUGCUUUUGAUACGGAAGGUGUCGAACCUUUCAAACGUGAUCCGUGUCGUGGACCGAUGUUCGCGAAAGAAUUCAUCUUACUCGGACCGCAUCAGCCCAAAUGUCACUAUCCUACCAUCGAACGGCGUCAUUUUCGCUACGAUUGGUUUGGAAUCUACAAGUGGCUCGAGUAUAACGAAGCCAAUGGCAAAGCUUAUUGCUUCAUCUGCCGAUUCUCUUAUAACCCCAUUAAAUCUGACAAGUCGUUCACAGUCGAUGGUUUCGGAUGCUGGAAAAAUGCUAUCAGCAAAUUUAAUAAGCACCAAUCGACUCUUUCACACAAGCAGGCUUGUGAGACUGGGUCAAAUGCAAGACGAAAUCGUUUGAAUGAUGAAAGUGUUCUGAAUCAAAUUGAUCGUCGGUCUGACAAGCAAUGUGAAGAGAAUCGUCUCUAUUUGGUAGAAAUCAUCCGAAUGACUGUAUUCCUUGCGAAACAAGGCUUGGCUCUUCUUGGUCAUCGAGAGGAUGACGAGUCCAGUAACCGAGGAAAUUUUCUCGAACUGCUUGAAUUACGGUGCAUUGACAAUGCGAUCAUCAGAAGAAGUAUUUGUUCAUUGAAAUUCACUGAUCAUAAAAUCCAAAAUGAAUUGUUACUUUUAAUUCAAACAAACAUCACCAAUCAGAUCGUACGCGAACUUGGAAAAUCGAAAUAUAAUGUAAUACAUGGGUAA